UAAAACGAAUUUAUAACCAGACAAAAUAUAUCUUUACUUGAAGCUGAUACUCGUCUAAGUGGUUUAAUUGUGUUUUAUAUUAAAUCGUAUAAUGUGAAUACUCAAAAUGGAUUUAAAAAGUAUUCAAGAUCAGCCAAAAGACGAAUCAAACGAUAUAAAAGAUCAAAUGCAAAUAUUGGAGGAAGCUCUGACGCUUUGUAAAUUUGGAAGAUUUCACUUACGACUGUUAGCUGCUACGCUAUGCGCAGCUGUGUCCUUAAUGACGGUGACGACAACAACAUCAUACAUUCUACCAAUCGCCGAGUGUGAUUUAAAAAUGAAUAUAAUGCACAAAGGAUUACUGAAUGGAAUGCCAUUUUUUGGUCAAAUAGGAGCAAGUCUUUUUGCAGGAUUCCUAAUAGACUCGUUUGGAAGAAGGAUUUUCCUAGUUGGUGGUAACAGCAUAAUAUUUAUAUGUACAAUAAUUGAGGGCUCAAGUCAAAGCUAUAUAAUGCUCUUAUUAACAAAACUUCUAGAAGGAAUCGCAAUAAGUUUGUGCUUCAGCGCAAUAUCGUCAUAUCUAACUGAACUGUGUCAUUUGCAAGUAAGAGAUCGAUUACUCAUAUUGUAUUCUGGGUUCAUAUCUGUAGCUCUAAUAAUAGCUGCUCUCUCAGCCUGGGUGAUAUUACCAAUAGAAUUUAACUAUUCAGUAUUGGAUGGAUACUUUGAAUUACAUUCAUGGAAUUUAUUCUUAUAUUUUUGUUCUAUUUGGAGUUUAUUUGCUGUUGUCAUAUACUGGUCACUACCAGAGACUCCUAAAUAUCUAUUAUCACACGGCAGAGAGAAGGAGGCUUUAGAGGUUCUCAAAGGGAUAUACAGUGAGAAUAGUGGAAACAAAAAAGACACAUUUCCUGUGAAAUCAUUGAAUAAAUCUGGAACGAUAAAACCAACACAAGAGAUAAGCCUCAAAAAACAAAUGGUAACUAGUUUAUUCGAAGCGAAGGAGCUGUUCCGGAAACCACUGAUCUUUAAGCUCAUUAUUUUUUCAUUCAUUUUUUUUUCGGGUUUAAUUGUAUUUACUUCUCUGAGACUUUGGUACCCGCAAUUAUCAACGAUUGUAGAAAACUAUGCCAAAGAUAAUGGAGGAUCUGCUAGAUUUUGUGUAAUGAUAAACGAGUAUAUGCAAAAUCUAAACCCGGCUAUUACAAAUGCAACGGAAUCACUUGAGUGUGUCCCGAAACUAAGUGGGAGUGAAACUUACAUGAAUGGACUUAUAUUGGGAUUUGCUGCUCUAAUAAGCGUCGGAAUCAGUGCACUUCUUGUCGACUACUUUGGACAAAAAGUUUUGAUGUUUGGUAUUUUAAUUCUAAGUUCAAUUUGUUCAACUGUGCUAUAUUGGACAAAUGCACCUUUACAAAUAGCUAUAUUGAUAUCUUGUUCUUGCGCAUUGCUGCAGGCCGCACUAUGUCUACAGCAAAAUAUCUUUGUUAGAUUUUUUCCUACUAAAUUAAGGGCUCUUGCAGUGUCGAUUAUAAUAAUGAUUGGACGUGUAGGGUCAUUGACCGGUAACAUCAUUUUUCCGAUUUUAUUAAAUGUGGGGUGUAUGGCACCAUUUAUAUUGUCAGCUGUUAUACCUCUAGGUAUAGCGAUUCUUGUUUAUUUUUUGCCAAAUGUAAGUAAGGACAACAAAGUCACAGGAGAUAAAUGAUUGAUAAAAUUUUUAAUGUAUGUUAAUUUAUUGUAACAUAU